AUGAAUCAGACACAGGAGAUGGAAAGAAAUGACAGUCAUGUUGAUGAUCACUCUGAAGUCUCAGGGGUUGGAAAUGAAUUGAGAAAUGAGUCUAUGAUAUCAGAAGGUGAUCAGAUAGCAGAUCACUAUGGAAAUGAAUUGAGAAGUGAAUCCUUAAUACCAGAAGAUGAUCAGACAGCAGAUCACUUAAUACCAGAAGCAGGAACUGAUCGCAACUCGGAAAAAGUGGGCCGGGCUCGGGGGCUAAUUACAUUUACUGACUUGCAAGAAUCUGCCUUGACAAUGAACCUCAAUUUUGUGUUUACAUCAGGACCGUACAAUGGAAGUACACUAUGCAUGCUGGGAAGGAAUCCAAUGGGAAAGAAAUAUAGAGAGUUGGCCAUUGUUGGAGGCACCGGGGUUUUUCGAAUGGCCCGUGGAUAUGCCAGUACCAACGUUUACUCGUAUGAUGUUAAAACAAGUUAUGGUGUUUUGGAGUACAAUAUUCAUGUUGCUUAUUUGGAGGGAUUGAGUGCAGAUCAGUGA